AUGGUUCUCUACAAGCGCAAGCCCGUCAAACACGAAUCCCUACCCAAGAACCUCGACGACAGCACUGAGGUGUGGCAUAUCGAACAGACUGGAGAGGUCUUCACAGACUAUGAGCGGUUCCUUGAGCGAUAUGACUUUUAUCAGCAACGGAGCUUCACAUGCCAGGCCACUGGCCAUUCAGGCUACACGUAUUUCGAGGCCCAGGAGAGCGAGGUAGGCUCCACGUCAAUACUCGUCAAGGCCGAUGAGGAGGUAACAUCCGUGCAGACGGAAGCCACCAAGGAGAUCAACAGCAUUUUCCCAGAUGGCUUGAGGUCUCCUGUUCUUCACUAUGUCCAGUUCCAAGAUCAUCAUCGGAUGGAUGAUUUGGUAAAUGAUGUCUACGAUCAUUUCAAGGAACAGUUCAUGUUAGGCGAUCGGGUUUCCGUCGAAGGCGAUCACUCGCGCCGCUUCGGCAAGAUCACUGAAAUCACAGACAAUAGCCGAUUACACAGCAUGUUUACUGGUCAAUCGAUGGACGAUAGCAUCCGUUCUUACACCUACGUUGUCACUAUGGAAGACGGGGGUGAAACUGUCACCAAAUACAAGGCCUCGGAACUUCAGCGGGAUCGAAAAACCUACUCCAAGCUCAUCUUGAAAGCUUUUCUGCGCAACGCGCUCAAGCGCGAGUCGUGGAUCGGUGCGCCAUGGAUGGUCAAGGACAGUUUAGCAAAGCGAUACGACAUCCCAACCAAACUUCCUGACAAGAAGACUAGAGACGCUCUACUAGCCGCUAAGCGGGCUGCGAAUGCUGUACCGAACGGUGUGACCCAACCUGUUCAACAGCAAUAUCCACAGCAGCUACCAAACGGUCAUGGCUCACAUAUGAAUGGUCACAGACAGCCUUUGCCACCUGGGCAAGGUCAGCCAGCCUUUGUCAACUUCUCGGCCAGCGGCCCUCCACCCUAUGCGCAGCAGCAAGGCAUCAUGCCUCCAUGGGCAGCUGCUAAUGCUACUAAUCGCCCGGCAUAUUUUAUCAACGGUCCUCCAAUUUACAAUAGUGGACCUCCGCCGAUUGCGAAUGUUCAACCGCCACCACACAUCUUGGCUCAGCUGCAGCCUCACCUUGCUGCGCAAUUAAUGCAGAUGCCUCCCCAUGGUCAUGGCCCGCCCAUCAACUUUCCGUUCCAGACCAGCUUCAAUCACCAUCAAGGUCCUCAUCUGACAAAUGUUCCGCAGCCUCAACAGGCACCUCCGCCGCCCCGUCCAGUGGAGUAUAUUAAAUAUCCAUGCGAAGAUUUAGAGAUCAAGCAACCUCGUCUUCAGGUCAACCGGCCGCCGCUUAAAUUCUUCUCCGACGACGUACCCGAAGGAGUUGAGCCGCCUGCAGAACAGAAAAAGACGGGUAUCUUGAUGAAGAGUAUCGGCCCAUUACUCUGUAUUUGGGAGACUCUCAACGUUCACGACACCAUCUACAUGCUAGACUCGUUCACUUUCGAUGACUUUGUUGAUGCUAUGCGAUUCACGCAUGAGACUGUCGAGUGUGAGUUGUUUGUAGAAAUGCAUUGUGCAAUUCUAAAGCAGAUCGUCAACGGCUCUGGUAAGAUUCAGACCAGCCUACCCAACCUAGCCGAUGAAGAUUCGUCAGACGAAGAGUCGAGUGAGGAGUCAACGCCUACCCCUGAGCCUGAACCGCCAGUUCGAACUACUCGUAGUAGCUUGAGGAAGUCGGGCGCAGCGCAACUUGUGGUCAAGCCACGCACACCAACGCCUGAGCCUCCAAAGGAACUCCACAAGGCUGAGGAGUUCGUCACUGACUUCGACUGGGUUGAGCAGUGUAAGAUUCGCAAUUUCGCUGAUGGAGGAUGGCAAGCAAUCGUUGUCGCAAUCCUUUAUCGCCUAUCAUUCGACUCUGCUAGAAAGGAAGCUUGCGAUGAAGUUCUUGCUGAGCUGUGCCCACCUGAGGAGGAGCCUACCAUGGCCACCAUUGCCAGUAACUACACUACGCUCGAUGUGAACCUACGCAUCUCAGCACUUGAAAUGAUUCUAAGCUUGACUGUCGUCACUGAGGACUUCCGCGAUCAGCUUGUUGCUGCCGCUCAGGAGAUGACACGCCUUCGCAAGGAAAAGAUUGAGUAUCAACGCAAACGUAAGGAGCUGGCCGAUGAGCUAUUCAAGUUGGACUUGGAGCGCAAGAUUCAUCUUCCAGCAAACACACCCGCCUCGCCUACGGAUACCAAGAUGACCGAAGAUGCUGAUGUGUCUAUGACUAGUGUCAAUGAUGCUUCCAAGGAAGCAGAUGCUGAAACAAACGGUGGCGACGAGCUGACAGCAUCGAAGGGCAGGACCCGCCCAGCUAAUAAGAACAAGCGCAAGGCAGCUGCUGAGGAGGCUCGUAAAGAGAAAGCCAAGAAGGCUAAGGCGGAAGCAGAGAAGACCAAGAAGCAGAAGGAGUGGGAGAAGCUACUGCAGGCGAUCGAGAAGAAGAAGGAUGAACUCAAAGAUUGCGAGGACAACAUCAAUGAACUCGACGAUGAUCUGCGCGAGACUCUGGUACACCGUAGCAAGAUUCUUGGCAAGGACCGGUUCUUGAACAAGUACUACUGGUUCGAGCACAACGGCAUGCCCUUCGGCGGUGUUCCUAACAGCUCUACUGCCGAAUACGGAUAUGCCAAUGGUCGCAUCUGGGUACAGGGACCGAGCGAACAUGAACUUGGACCGAACCUAGAAGAGCCUGCCCUCUCCCAAGAUAUGCAGCGUUUUGGCUACACUGUUCCGCAGCGCAAAGAGCGAGAAGAAGGCCCGACCCACCUAUCGAACUCCAACCAGUGGGCAUACUACGACGAUCCAGAAGACAUCGACAAGCUGCUUGUGUGGCUCGACGAGCGAGGUCACCGAGAGCGUGUUUUGCGUAAGGAGCUACAAGCGUUCCGUGAUCGUAUCGCUGAGUACAUGCUCAAGAUGCGGAAGCACCUAGAAGAUUCCAACAAGACCCAGGAAGAGGAAGAGGAUGACAACAAGACUCGAGUGUCGACGCGCAAUAAGGCCAACGCCGAUAAGGAUGUUCCCAAGGAUCGCUGCUUGCUCUGGACCAACAGCAUCAUGCGUGAGGAGUUCGGACAUAACCAUGUCGAAGAGUACGAACCACCGAAGAAGGGCAAGGCGAAGACAGUGAAGGCAACCAAGGCUAAGGGCCGAGGACGCUAA